AUGGGCUUCCUCAGCAAGAAGAAAGACGAAGGCGAUGACAGCAAUCGUUCGGCCUUGUUCGGCGGCCGCAAGAAGGAGAAGAGCGGCGGCGCCCCUGCACAGAACCCGUACGCUGCGCCUGUGGCCCAAGACGCCUAUGCCCAACCACCGCCAGCUUACUCCAGCCCCAGCGGCCAGGAUAGAUAUCGCCAGGAAAAGUCGCCCGCAGUGACGGCCCCGGGGCAGAACUACGGACAACGACCCACGCCCUCUGCCGCCCCCUCUGGCUACAGCGUCCAAGGUGGAAGCUACGCCGCCCAGCCAGGUUAUGGCAACGAUCGCUAUGGGGGAGGUGGGGCAGCAGCGGCUCCUUCGCGCGGCCCUGGAGGCUACGGGGGACUGGGCAGGACUGCAUCCAACGAUACAAUGAGCACCGACAUGGGCCGCAAUGAGCUCUUCGGCAACGCUGCACAGCGACAGCAGGCGAAGCCAUCCCAGCCAGCGGGCUCUGGUCAGAGUGGCGCUUACGGGGACAGCCAGAGCGGGGGAUAUGGAGCUACUUCCGGAGGGUACAACGCGGACACGCCUGGGGGCUAUGGUGCCUAUGGUGACCGUGAGUUGACAGCCGAAGAACAGGAAGAAGAGGACAUCACCGCGACAAAGAACGAAAUCAAGUUCAUGAAGCAGCAGGACGUUUCCAGCACACGCAACGCCUUGAGGCUAGCCCAGCAAGCCGAGGAGACUGGACGCGACACAUUAGCACGACUGGGAGCUCAGGGCGAGCGCAUUCAUAACACUGAACGUAACUUGGAUCUGGCCAGCACCCAGAAUCGCAUUGCCGAGGAGAAAGCGCGGGAACUCAAGACGUUGAACAAGUCCAUGUUCGCAAUGCACGUUGCCAACCCCUUUACGGCGUCCUCCCGCCGUGAGGAGCGCGACAGGAAGAUUAUGGAGACUCACCAGGCUGAACGCGCACAGCGAGAUGCUACCCGCAAAGCUGCCUGGGAGACUUCGGCUCGUAACGAUGGUGUCAAUCGCUCACUGCAAACUGUCGGAGCAGCAAAGGGCAAAGGGACCUUGGCCGAGCGUGCCAAGUACCAGUUCGAGGCAGACUCCGAGGAUGAUGAGAUGGAAAACGAGAUUGACAGUAAUCUUGAUGCACUUCAUGGUGCGGCUAAGCGCCUCAACCAUCUCGGUCGUGCCAUGGGUGAAGAAGUGGAUACGCAGAACAAGCACAUUGAACGCAUCAUUGGUAAGACGGAUAGGGUGGACGAUCAGAUUGCCAUGAACCGCGCGCGAUUGGACCGUAUUAAAUAG